GCUUAAACUCGUAAGACCGGUCGGCGUUCCCCUAAGGGCUAAAACACACUACCCGGCUUUUGCCGGCCGGGAAAAACCGGAGUGUGUGUUACAGCCCUAGAGUGCAUUGUGCAAGACUUUCGAUGCUUGGAAAACCGUGUGAGACAGGACUUUCACAGAGUGAGACAGUUGUUCGUAAACAGCAGAUGCACAGCAUGCGCAAGGCGUGUGUCAGGGUGGAAUAAAGAUUCGCCCGGCUGAAGCAUGCCACCGGCGGCCGCGCGGUGUGCUGGGAGUUGUAGUUUUCCCCCUCCCUCCUCCUCCCAGCUGUAUGUGAUCCCGGGAUCCUGCUGCUGCUCAUGGAGGGAUCCGCAUCAACGAGGGGACUGUACAAAGCCGCCGCUGGAGCUGCAGUGUGACCCGCUGCGGGUCAUCACAUCGGGGCUGCACUAGGCUCUUGGUUAUUUAUUUCUUUGCUGAAUCAGCAGAAUCAUGGAUAAUGUGUUUCUGUCAGAAGAUCAGGCUAACUCCAUAUUAAAGCGGUAUCCCAGAGCGAACAGUUUCCUAGAAGAGAUAAAGCAGGGAAACAUUGAGCGGGAAUGCAGAGAGGAAUUGUGCAGCUAUGAAGAGGCAAGGGAAGCUUUUGAAAAUGAUGAGAGGACUAAAGAGUUUUGGAAAGACUAUACCAGAGGACAUGGGGACUCCAAUGCAGAAGGCAGUUGGUAUACAUUUUACAUCGCUUUCCCCUUGAUCACAGUCUUUUUUGUUAUCCUUUUGGUUAUCUUACUUGUGUGGAAGUGUGUCUUUAAAAAGAAGGCAGGACGCCGGACUGCUUACGCUCCUAGAGAUGUGAGAGAAAACACUGCCGAAGCAAGGAAUGAUCAUGAAGGAGGAAACCAUCCACAACAUUCCAAUGUGUUGUGUACAGUGGAAGAUUCUUUUGACAGGGCUCGGCCACCGAGCGGAUUUAUUGAUUUUGAUGUUCGUUCAGAUACUUUGUCAGCUGGCUUUUCAAACUGCGACCCACCCCCAUCCUAUGAGGAAGCCACUGGAGAGAGGGGUGUCAGAGUUAGUGAGCCACAACGGAAUCCCGCAGAACCACCUCCACAAUAUGAAGAAAUAGCUUUGUGUACCUCUGUAGUCACAAUACCUCAUGGGGUCACUAAUGCCAAGUAACCCAAUGUUGAUCAGUACACAUUCUAUUCUCUCUUUCAUUGCAAAUGAGGAGUUUCUAAGCACAAUAAUCUUUGGACAAUUUUUGACUUUCGGAAGUAUUUCUUCAUUUGAGCACAUAAGUCCACAGCAAGCACAACUGUAAAACAGUGGUUUCCAGCAACUGUCCUGGGUGGACUGAAUAUAUGAAUUUGGUGUAAUUGUGUCCAUAUUGAUUAUGGAAAUAUGUAUGGGUUGUAUUAUAUGCUCCUUUAACAACAAAGUAAGUUAACGAUGUGCUGUAUAAUAUUUAAGACCAUAUUUUAUUUUUCUAUCUUCUCACACUAUUUCUGCCUUUCUCCCUUCGUGGGUGAUGCUGGUAUUGCAAUAUAACCACUGUUAACCUUACUGCGUUUUUUAUGAUUUUGAAUAAAGCUUGACUUUUUUAUUUUUUAAAUUUGUGCCUAAAUUCUCUUUUGGAUAUAUUAUUUGAAAGUGAAAUAUAUACUUAAAAAUGCCUCAGGUCACAGUAACACCUAAGAAUGAAAAAUGUUUUGUAUUUUUUUUUUUUUUUAUGCAACAUUUGCUAAACAACAUCAAAUAUAACGCUCUGAUAAAAUGUUUUCAUUUUCUUUAUCAAUGCUUUUCUUAAGUAGGGUUUUUGUAUAACGGCUGCUUUGGGAUUUAUUUAAUGAAGAAGUUAUUUUUAAAGAAAAACGAGACUUUUAAGCCUGCAGUUAAUCUUCCAUGGAUUUUCAGAAAGUGUUUUUUUAUUUUUUUUAUGUUCACAUAUAUAUGUACGUUUGGAAUAUUACCUCCAUUAGUCUUCCCUCCUGUACUGUCCAUGAUUGUUCCAUAUUUCUUCUCUCUUGUGAAAUAGAUGAGGCUAUGAUGUCAAUAUGCAUCUUCAGGCUUAACUUGCUUAGUGUUGGCUCUUAUAACCCCAGAGGGGUUGGGUUCGUGUGACCAGCGGUCGGGAGACCACCGGUCACCAUACCAACGCUGUGGAUCCCAGCUUUUAGGUGCCUGGCGUGGUGGGGGAGGGGGCGAGCGCAACGAAGCCCCUUGCAGGCUUGGCCGCUCGCCACAGGUUCUAUUCACACUCUAUGGGUGUCGUGGACACCCACGAGUGGGAAUAGUCCCUGUUAGUCGGUAUGCCAACUGUCAGGAUAAGUGAGGGGGCGGGAUCCCGGCAUCGGUAUUGUGAUCAGCAGUCUCUUGACCGCCAGUCACAACUACAUCCUCCCCAGAGGGAAGUUCUAAAAGGUAUGAGCUACAUUAUAGUAUUUUUUUAUUUUUUUUAUUUUGACUUACUAAUACUUUAAUGUUUCUUGGUGAAUAUAGAAGUGCAUUUAUUUUUCUUCUUCUGAAGUACAGUAUACCAGAAUUUUGAAGUUUUAUAAUAAUUACAUUACUAACUGUAAAAUGUAUAUAUGGACGUUUAACCACUGUUAUUAUACAUUGUAAAACUGCCAACAUACGACUGUUAUCAUUCGGGUCAAAAGUUAUGUCAUGUUUAAAUAAAGCAGUCUGCAUUAUGACAUUGAACAUAAAUACUGUUCCACACUUGUAAGCUUGCAGAUUCUUGCUAUUUCCUUGCAAAAUAUUGAAUUUGCGAAUUCUUUUUAGUAUCACUUUGCUCACUAAUUCUGAAAUUCAUAGAUGGAUGUUAAAAAUUUGCACUUUGUUUCAAUAAAUAAUUGUAAACAGCAACUGGUAUAAAGCUUGAUAUUGGAAAUCUUGACACUUCUCCGUAAUAUUGUUUGUUGAAUGAAUAAUUGUCUGCAGAAUCUCUUGAAAAUACUGACAUGGCUCAUUCAGUAACAAAUAUUACCAAUGUGCGUUUGGGACUAAGUAUUAUCCACAUUCUCUUGAAACAUGUCAGGUGUGAAAUAGCUAAAGAGGGUACAGUAUAUCUGACAUCAGCAGACUACAUGUUUGCACACAAGACACUUAUACAUUUGAUUGUUAUUACAUUUCAAUGGUAUUUGAAUUUUUUUUUUCUUAUCUCCAAGUGAACAUUUAGAUUUUGGUUUUGUUACAAGCUAUUUACACUCAAUAAAGGAAUAUGUAUGGAC